AUUUUUGUUAAAUUUACUUAGGUAGAUAUUUAUUAACUAGUAAUACCUAAAUUCAAAAUCACUAAAAAUUUACACUUUUUCAUUACAAAAUUAAAAUGGAGCAUACUUUUAAAGUUAAACGGGAUUUAUGGAGAAUUUGUAACAAAAUUCGUGAAGUAGUAAAUUUCAUUAAAUUUAAUUUUUGGGAAUAUUAUUCAAUUUAUGAUGUAAAAAACACUGGAUAUGUAACAGUUUUCAAAUUCAAAAAUACAUUGUCUGGACCAUUAAAAUCUAUUAUUAAUUUAAACGACGAGGAAAUACAAUUGCUAGUCAGCUAUUUUGAAAAAUCCAAUGGACAAGUACCGUAUGGACAAUUUUGUGAACUUAUACACGAGUCAAAUCUACCAAUAAAUGAAGAUGAAUUAAACUGGGUGAAAAACAAUGACCCACAAUCAGUUUUCACUGAUGUAAGCACAAAAGUCGAAAUUAAAGAAAAUGGUACGAGAUCAUUUAGUAAUAAAAAUGUUUAUCAUCCAGUUAUAGCAAAUAAAACACAUAAAAAAGAUAAUGUAUUAACAAUAUUGAGAAACCUUCAAAAAUUUGUUUUUGAAAAUCGAAUUAAUAUUGGACAAUUUUUCAAAACAUUUGAUCCUCAUGGAAAAGGACAUGUAACUGAAAUACAAUUCCGCAGGUGUUUAGAUAUGAUAGGUGUUAGUUCACUAGGUUCAAUAUACUAUCCAGAGAACGAAUUAUCUAUAUUGUUGCUUAUGUAUAAAAAUAAAGAAUUUCCUGAAAGAAUCAACUGGAAACAAUUUGAAGAUGAAAUAAAUACUAUAUUUAUGGAAAGAAACGUUGAAAAAUCUUCGGAUAUAGAAGUAAAAUGUGAUCGAAACGUGAACGAAAUGCUUCGAGUAAAAGGACAAGAUUGGGAUGCCGUAGAAUUAAAUUUACGUAUUUUAUUUAACAAGACAAUAAUUAAUAUAAAUAAUUAUUUAAACGAAAAUAGAAUAAUGCUAGAACAGUAUUUCAAGGUUUUUGAUAAAAAUAAUCAUGGUCACAUAUCCAGAUCGGAUUUUCGUCGAGCAAUGUAUACAGCAAGUAUUAAAUGUACAGAAGAUGAACUUUGUAUUCUUGAAAAAAAAUUUAUGAACGUAGAUGGUUUUAACUAUUUACAAUUUUUAAAAAUGUUAAUUGAUAUUAAUAAAAAGCUUAAGAAGUGUUCAAUUAAAAACAAGAAAAUUAAUAUUGUUAAUGAUAAUAUCUCCUCAAAAACAAUUAAGGAAAUAAGCAAUAUGACAUUAAAUAAAUUAAUUAUUAAAAUUAAAACAACGGUAAAAAGAGGAAGAAUUAAUCUUGAUCAGUUUUUGAAUCAAUUUGAUUUUUCAAAUCAUAAAGUCAUGUCAAAGGAUACUUUGCAACGUGCACUAGAUAUGGCAGGAAUUAAACUUGAUUCAAAUGAACUUGAAAUACUAAUAAAUGAAUUUGAAUCGAAAACACAUCCAGGUCAAGUGGAAUAUCAUCGUUUUUGUAAUUUGAUUGAGGGGGCAUUUGUUACAUUGGGCUUAGAUCAAAAUACGUACUUGGAUCCUAAUGAAUACUUAACUUCGUAUGAAGGUCUAAGUAAUUAUUUAACAGAUGAACAAAGAAGAGCUGUCGAUUCUGCAUUGAAAAAAUUGCGUAGCAAACCGAAUAUCGGUUUAGAUGAUUUAUUUAAGGAUUAUGAUAAACAUCGUCAAGGAAUUGUGUCGAAGCAAGAAUUUUUAUGUGCUCUAACUGUUCGUAAAUUGAACAUGUUGUUGACAAUUUAUGAAGUAAAAUGUUUAGCAGAAGCGUUUAGCAAGGAUGAUCGUCCAAAUUCUUUUAACUAUCGAGCUUUUAUGAAGACUAUUGAUAGUUGAAUUUAUUAUUUAAAUAUUAAUUGAUGUUGUAUACAUUCAUGGUGCACAUUCAUUAUAUAUAAUAUACAUAUUAUAUUUUUAAA